GCCCGGCUCUGUCUUUAGUGUCUGAGAAGCAGAUUCGCGGCGGCAGCGCGGUUGGAGCUAAUCUGGUACAGUCAGGAUUUGCGGGGAGAGUUUCGCCACUAGUAAAGAGAAGACGUUAAGAAACACGGCAUUAAUCUGUCUCCGCGGCUCCUGCCCAGUUGCCUUUUCUGCCUUCUCCUCCUGGAAAUGAAUCUGCAGCCGACUCUCGAGAAUCCAGUGACUCGGCAGGAGAAGAUGGCGACCGUGUGGGAUGAGGCUGAACAGGAUGGAAUCGGGGAGGAGGUGCUCAAGAUGUCCACAGAAGAGAUUAUCCAGCGCACACGGCUGCUGGACAGUGAAAUCAAGAUCAUGAAGAGUGAAGUGUUACGAGUCACCCAUGAACUCCAAGCCAUGAAGGACAAGAUCAAAGAGAACAGUGAGAAAAUCAAAGUGAACAAGACCCUGCCAUACCUUGUCUCCAACGUUAUCGAGCUACUAGAUGUUGAUCCAAAUGACCAAGAGGAGGAUGGUGCCAAUAUUGACCUGGACUCCCAGAGGAAGGGCAAGUGUGCAGUGAUCAAAACCUCUACACGACAGACAUACUUCCUGCCUGUGAUUGGGUUGGUGGAUGCUGAAAAGCUGAAGCCAGGAGACCUGGUGGGUGUGAACAAAGACUCGUAUCUGAUCCUGGAGACCCUGCCCACAGAGUAUGACUCACGGGUGAAGGCCAUGGAGGUGGAUGAGAGGCCCACAGAGCAAUACAGUGACAUCGGGGGCUUAGACAAGCAGAUCCAGGAGCUGGUCGAGGCCAUUGUCCUGCCAAUGAACCACAAAGAGAAAUUUGAGAACUUGGGGAUCCAGCCUCCAAAGGGGGUGCUGAUGUAUGGGCCUCCAGGGACGGGGAAGACCCUUCUGGCCCGGGCCUGUGCUGCACAGACUAAGGCCACCUUCCUAAAGCUUGCUGGCCCCCAGCUGGUGCAGAUGUUUAUUGGGGAUGGUGCCAAGUUGGUCCGGGAUGCCUUCGCCUUGGCCAAGGAGAAAGCUCCAUCCAUUAUUUUCAUCGAUGAGUUGGAUGCCAUUGGCACCAAGCGCUUUGACAGUGAGAAGGCGGGUGAUCGGGAGGUACAAAGGACAAUGCUGGAGCUUCUGAACCAACUGGAUGGCUUCCAGCCUAACACACAAGUAAAGGUAAUUGCAGCCACUAACAGGGUGGACAUCCUGGACCCUGCCCUGCUCCGCUCAGGCCGCCUAGACCGCAAGAUCGAGUUCCCAAUGCCUAAUGAGGAGGCCCGGGCGAGAAUCAUGCAGAUCCACUCCCGAAAGAUGAACGUCAGUCCUGACGUGAACUAUGAGGAGCUGGCCCGUUGUACAGAUGAUUUCAAUGGGGCCCAGUGCAAAGCUGUGUGUGUGGAGGCGGGCAUGAUCGCAUUGCGCAGGGGUGCCACGGAGCUCACCCACGAGGACUACAUGGAGGGCAUCCUGGAGGUGCAAGCCAAGAAGAAAGCCAACCUACAGUACUAUGCCUAGGGGCACCCUGGCCUGCCCUUGGUUUCUUGGUGGUUAAAAUGUGUAAUAAAAGAUGGUUUUGGGUC